UACUUAUACUUUCAUUCUCCAGAGAAUCUUGUCGCUGGGCGGCUGUACCUCGCGUAGCUGUCGUACUUUUGGCUAUGACCUAAGAAUUUGCAAACCUAUUUGAUUUUGUGAAAUAAUCUUGGGCAUUUUCUAUUGCGAUUCAUUAUCAAUAGAAAUAUAACUAUAAUAUCAAACUAUUUAUAUGAGGGAUCUUAGAAACAGUAACAAGUUAAAACGAAUUGAGCUAUAAAUAAAAUCUGUUAAAAAUAUAUUUCGGCUAUCGCCGUUUAUGUGUACUUUUACGAGUAUCUAUUAUUUUUGUUAAUUGUGAAUAUAUCUUGUGGAAAUAUAAAUCAUUGUCGAAAAUACAAACUACGACGCAGUAUGGGACGCCAUCUUGUUUAUGGAGCUUAGGGUGUGGCGCCUCGUGUUACAUACUUAUUGGAUGUAAAUUUUACUUUAAUUAUCAUGCCUCGGAUCGAUCCUGUUAAAUUGUUAGAGUGCCUAAGUGUGCUCUUAUCUCCCACCGGUGGAAUCAAGAGCAGAGGCGAAGUCGAGAGACUUGCUAAUUUGAUGACGAAAUUUUCCAAAAAACUAGUGUCGAAAUGUAUUUACAUUCAAAUUUUAAAAUGCACUGACACUGAAAUAUUACGUUUAUUCAUGGGUUCUGGUGGAUGGCUUCUUGUGCAUGUUUGGCUAACAGAAAGCAUAGUCGCGAAAAAUUGGCCACUCGUUAGAGAAUUACUAGAACUACUUUUACUUUGCCCGGUGGACAUAGAACGCCUUAAAACAAACAAUUGCCCAAAACUUGUAAAGGAAUUAUCGAAGGACGGGAAUCAUUUUGCUAUUAGAGCACUUGCUUCAAAGUUGGUAGAACAAUGGCUUAAGACCGUGAAAGGAGAACAAGUUAUACCCAUUCAGUUGACAGAAAUUUCUCAAAUAAUAUCAGAGUCUGAACAUAACUCCAUAACCAUAAAUAAUAGUACGACCGAAAAAAAUGAGGAGCAUCUUGAUUUGCCUGAAAAGGAAAAUGUUGUCUCUAAAGAAAUAGACAGUCCUGCAGAUUCUAGUAACGUAGUGGUUUCCGAUAUCAAUGUUUCAAAAGAGGUAGAUGAAACAAAGGAAAGAGAAGAAAACGAAACUCUGCCCGUGCUUAAAAUAACUGUAAAAGAUGGUAAACAGAUUUUAUCUCAGGUUGAUGAAACUGAUUCAAAGUUAAUAGAAGGAUCACCCAACUCUGAAAAAUAUAAUAAUAAUAAACAUAAAAGUAAAAAUAAAGAAAAGUCGAAUGAUAAUAAAAAUAGUUCACGGUCAAGUUCAUCGAAAUAUAGUAAAUCACAUUCGUCCAGUAGUAAAAAUAAAAGUAGUAGUAGUAGUAGUAGCAGCAGUCAUAAAAGCAGUUCCAGUAGGCAUAGUAGUAGAGAUAAGUCUAGUGAUAAAGACAAAUCGUCUUCUCAUAGUUCUAAACCUAAAAGUGAAAGUAGUAGUACGAAAUAUAAUGUUAAAAUAAAUUCAUCUAGUAGUAAAUCUAAAGAAGAUCGAAAUAAACACACGUCUUCUGAUAAAGAUAAGAAUAAAGAAAAAGAUAAAAUAAAAAGUGAGAAAAAUAGAGAUUCACAGAAAUCCACCAAUGAAAAUAUACAAAAGAAAGACACCGAGAAAUUAGAAAUUCCAUCUAUACAAAAAUUGGGCAAAAUUCCCAAAUUGAGUGAUAUUAAAAAAGAAAAACCGUCAAUAUCCAUUGAAGUCAGAAAACCAGAUGAGCCUAAACCCAAAACUGUGAAAACCUUCCAUUCGAAAUUCAGGAAACAUGGAUUAGAAGAAGAAAUUAAACCUCCGCCUUCACGUGCCGCUAUUUUAAGCAAAAAAGUAACGCCUGUUUUGCCACCAACAAUACCAAUACCAAAGAGACCAUCUCCGGUUCAUAACGAGACACCCCCAGAAAAAAAACCUAAAACUAUAGAAAUUCAGGAAAAACCAGGAUCAAUUAAACUCAUUCCUCCUAAACCGAAGCGUAAGUAUUAUUUUAUUGAGUCAUUUUCUUCUAUAUUAUUAAUAUAUUUUUAUUUUACAGGUUUCUUCGCCGUAGCUGCAUCCAUGUUGUGGGUGAAAAGUGUUCGCUAUAAUUUAGGUUCUAUUUGCGUGUGUGCAAUGAUGCUUCUAGAGAGCGAUAUGUUUAUGGACGCCUUGAAUGCUUCAGCAACAAAUAAAAAAGAACCUAAGAAAAGAAAACGGCGAACCAGCGGUUCCAAAGAUGGAAAUGCACCCGGAGAUGGUUCUCCGCCAUCUACUCCUACAACAAUAACUAGUCCCACAAACGAAAGUAAAUCGGUGCCUCCUAGAUUUUAUCAAGACACAUUGGAAACUGAAGAAAGUAAAGAAAAAUUGUCUGAACGAAUGUCUGAAGCCAAUGAAAAUGUUGAUAACAUAUCCGAUAAAGAACACGUAGAUCAGAUGGAAUCCGAAGAACCUCAUACUUUGACUAUUAAUGGCUUAAAAGGAGUUUUGUGCUAUCACAAGAAAAAGGGACCGAAAAAAAGUAUUAAAUGGAAGCCAGAUUCGGAAUUAGAAGAGAUACAGUAUUUUGAACUGGAUGAAACUGAAAGAGUUAACGUUACUAAACCUUUUACCGACAUGAAAUAUUUGGAAAGAAUACACGAACGAGAGGCUUUCCAAAAAGGCAGAAAUCUCAGUAAUGAUGAUGUUAUGGAGGAAAAAACAACUUGGAGACCCUUAAUUCCUAUUGAUCUCGAGGGACAAACGCAAGUGGAGUAUGGUAAAAAUAGCAAAGAAAAAGAAAUACAAGCAAUAAGGCAAAAAGGAACGUUACAACCAUUAUAUUUUCACAAGUCGAUGAUACCUGAUUCUCCAUUGGAAGCAGAUCCUGAAACCCAUCCUUAUACUGAACCAACAAUUAUACCUCUCGAAGAUGUUACAGGAAAUCAAGAUAAUAUCAGCGAUUUUAGAAAUAUGCCAUGGCCGGAACCGAAAGGUAAUGCUCCGCCUGCUUCCAGUACUAUGAAUAUUCAACCAAUGUUCCCGCCAAAUAUCACACAGUUUCCAAACAAUUUUCCUAAUGCUCAAUUUCCUGGCGUACCAGGGUUUCAAGGUCCGAAUAUGGUACCUAGUGACUGGCAAAAUGGAGCACCACCAAGCUUAUUACCGCCAAUGCCAUCUCAGCUGCCCCCUGGUAUGCCUCCAGGAAGUAUACCUCCGGGUAUUAUAAUGCCUCCGGAUAAUAUGAUGAUGGGACCGGAAAUGUUUGCAGCACCGAACGCUAUGUUUCCCGGACCGCCAGAUGGUUUUAAUAUGCAACCGAAUAUGUUUCCAGUCGAUUUUAAUAUGCCAGGGGGUCCUCAAGGUCUGCCUGGUCCAGAUGGGUUUGCAGGUCAAGGAAAUUUCAGAGGAGCCAUGCGCGGUCGAGGAUCAAGUGGUCACUGGAGGGGUAAAAAUGCUGGAAACUGGGACGGAGGUCCGCAAAGAGGAAGAGGUGCCCAUUCGCGCGGAGGACGUAAAUCUGUUUGUAUAUACUUUCAAAGAAAAGGAUCGUGUCGGCAAGGAGACAACUGUUCUUUUUUACAUCCUGGCGUGAAUUGUCCCUAUUAAUAUAAAAUAAUUCUUAAUACCAAUAUAGCUUGUAAUUGCAAAAAUAACAAGUUAUUUAAUAAAAGCAAGUGUAUAUAAACAAUAAGAAUGUUGCUAACUUUGUACAGUUAUUAGAGUUAGACACUCAAAAUAAAAGACUGUUUAAAUGUAAAUAUUUUUUAAUGUAAGUAAUUGAUGAAGUUACAAAUAAAAAUAACCAUUUAUAA